GAAAAAAUGAAUAUGCUUUUUUGACAAUUUUGUGUGAUAUUUUAGUUGUUGAUCCUAAUAUUUUCAGGCAUUAAAGGAUUUGCCUCGAGAAAAAGUUUAGUUAGCUACAAAAUUUGGAAUUGUCAAAAAUGGAACCUACUCAAGUUGUGGUGAAGGGUACUGUUGAAUAUGUGCGCUCCUGUUGUGAGGCUAGUUUGAAGUGCCUUGGUGUGGACUGCAUUGAUCUCUACUACGUACAUUGGAUUUACACAUCAGGACCUAUAGAGGAGACUAUGGGAGAACUUAAGACAUUGGUGGAAGAGGGUAAAAUAAGAUACAUUGGUUUAUCAGAAGCAAGCCCAAACACAAUAAGGAGGGCACAUGCUGUUCAUCCUAUAACUCCUCUACAAAUGGAGUAUUCCCUUUGGACUCGAGACAUUGAGGAAGAAAUAAUCCCGCUUUGCAGGGAACUUAGAAUUGCGAUAGUUCCAUAUUCCCCUACUGCUCAUGGGUUUUUUGCUGGCAAGGCAGUUGUGGAGAGUGUCCCUACAGAUAGCUUCUUGCUAACACUUCCUAGGUUUACAGGGCAGAAUUUAGAUCACAACAAGAUCUUUUAUCUUCGAAUAGAAGAGUUGUCUAAGAAGCACAGCUGCACCCUUGUUCAACUCACACUUGCAUGGGUUCUUCAUCAAGGGGAUGAUACGGUGCCUAUUCCCGGUGAGUGACUAAUCAAAAUUUUGAUUUCUUGGUAAUGAAUAAUACGUGAAAAGUUAUGGAAAACGUGCUGGAAGGUGAAAUGAAUCCUUGAACAAACCUCGAAAACGUUUAAUUCCAUUGUAACUAGUUCGAUAAGUAGGAGGUUGUGGUCUUUCUUACAAUCCAACCUAAACCCCUUGCCGAAGUAUAUUUUUUGGCUUUUGAAUUAAAUUAAAUGUAACUUCUAUUGAAUGAUUAGUUUUUAUUAGUUUUUCUGAAAAUUCUUUAGUUUUUUAAUCAUAUUUGGAUGUUUACUGAAUGCUUUAAUAAUAUUUUGUUAUUGUUUCAAGUGGAUGUUUAUGCAAUCAAAUCAGCUGUUAAUCAAUUU